CAAUUAUAAUACAACACUAAUGUCAGACGAUAAUAUGAUUAAACUAAAAUCUUAUGUUAUAAAUACAAACUAUGAGAUCGGCCGAGGUUAAUAUGGGGUAGUUUACGAAUGCUAAGAUCUAGAUAACCCACAACUGAAAUUAUGCGCAAAGGUAAUACAAAUUAACAUUACAGAUCAUAAAUGAAAGACUUGAAGAUCCAAAAACAAAAAGGGAAAUGGAUUUGAUGAAAACGAUUAUGAACUCUGCAAAGGGGAACAAAAACAUCGUAGGAGUUGAAUAUGUUCAUUUAGAUGAUGAUAGGAUAAUACUUAUAAUGGAAAAAUGUGAAUGCGAUCUCCAAUCAAUAAUUGAUAAGAGAAAGAGACUCGAGAAUAAGAAUUUUCAGCCUACAGAAGCACUCAAUAUACUAAAACAAAUUGUGAAUGGCUAUAAAGUGCUCCAUUCCAAUAACAUCAUACAUAGAGAUCUUAAGCCUGCAAAUAUAUUAGUCUUAGAUGGGGUUUAUAAAGUAUAUAAAUGACAAUUGCACUUUAGAUCGCUGACUUGGGAUUGGCUAGAGUCUUGGAAGCAAACACAAACACAGCUGUGACAAAAGUGGGAACACCAAAAUAUGUUGCUCCUUAAUUGUAUCUGGAGAAUUUCUUUACAAAUUCAGCCGAUAUUUUCUCAGUAACAUUUAUUAUGUAUAAUUAAACAGCUAGGCAUCAUCACCUAUGAAUUAAUUUUUGGUGGAUUGCCUUAUGUUGCGAACAGUUAAUUGUAAGUCAAAAAGUCUUUGAAAAAUCUAGAAAAAGUCCCAGUUGUAGUUAAACAGGACCAUCCAGGAGUAAUAAUAAUAGAUAUUCUUAGAUGACUAAAGAAUUGGCUCUUUUAAUCGAAGGCAUGCUUAAAUUUAAAGAGCCAGACAGAAUCAGUUGGGUAGACCUAUUUGAGCAUCCCCUCAUAUUAGAGGGAAAAGCUGUAGUAAAUUAAUCAGGGUAACUAAUUAUACAAUUAAUUAAAUUACAGAUUUAUCAAAGAGGGUCCUGAGGAGGAGGAAGAGGAAGAACCAGUAUAAGAGCAAUAGAAACCAGCUGAGACUCCAGCCAAAGAAUAGUAAUAAUAAGUUCCUCCAAGAAUUUUCAACCAACCUAUACCCACUUUUACUGCACCUAUGGCAUUUCCAUAAAUGAAUAAACCCAUGAAUCCAGUUACUACAAUCCCUCCUCAAUUCUAACAAGGGAAGUUUUCUACUCCCCAAAGUUUUGUUCCACUUGGAGUAAACCAACAGAAAGUAGCGCCAUUCCCGCCCCAAAGAUUUUAAACAGGGACAGCUCAAGUUUAGCCUACACCUGUUGUUGCUCCACCUUUCAAUACAGCAAAUGCACCUGUGAACAACACCGUUUAGCCUUUCCAAUUUCAAUAGGUCCAAGCUCAAUCUGAUUAGCUAUAUCAAGCAGGGGUUGUUAUUGACUAAGUAUUAGAUUCUUUAGAGAGAUAUGUGUAAUAAUAAUAGAAUAUUCUAGAAACAUGUAGUUAUCAUUGAAAUAAGAAUGGUUUGGAUUGAAAUUGAACCUCCAUUGCUUUUCACAAUGUUUCUUUGAACAUGCAAAGGUUUUGAAAGCAUAAACUUAAAAUUAAUAAAAUCCUAAUUAACCACAGUUUUACACACUGGCGAAUGUUGAAUAGGCAAUUGAGAAACAACAAAGAUAUCAUUAAGUAAUCUCCCAGGAAUUGGAACGACAUUAAAUAAAUUAAAUAUAUCCUGUUAUGGCCAUAAAUCCAGAUUAUAAUAAUUAUCUACAAAAAUUGAAAUACAUUUUAUAGACUAAAGGUUUGUUCCAAUAUUAACCUGACAAAAAAUAUUAUGUCGAAUAUUUAUAGUAAUAGUAUUAAUAUGAACUGCUAGAUUAUUGUAUUUCCUUGAAAGACUCAAAGAAUAGAAAGAGCCUUUUGAAGAUAUCUAUUCAACCGCAUCUGACACAUACAAGAAUCAAAGAGUGGAAUCUGUUUUAAUAGAUUAUCUUAACAAGAGAUUCACCCUAUGAAUUAUUGAGC